AUGAAGAGAGGAGGGAACAAAAAAUUUCGUCGUGCCUCGAAAAGUACCGCGAAAGAGGACGACGACGAGGAUGAAUAUCGCGUCGUUUUUCAUAGGAAAAGGAAGGAGACUUACCAUCAAUAUCAAAUCGUAGGUCGACGCGUCCCGACGGAGCAAGAACCAACGCCGCAGGUGUACCGCAUGAAGCUUUGGGCCUUGGACGCGACGAGAGCGCGCUCGAAGUUUUGGUACUUUCUCUCGCGAUUGCGAAAAGUGAAGAAAGCGAACGGUCAAAUCAUCGCGUGCAACGAGAUUUUUGAGAAGGACGACACGACGGUGAAGAACUACGGGGUUUGGAUUCGUUACCAGUCCCGAGUUGGGUUUCACAACGCGUACAAGGAGUACAGAGAGACGACUAUGAACGCGGCAGUGGAUGCGCUCUACACGGAGAUGGCCUCGAGACAUAGAGUCCGCUCUCACGCGUUGCAAAUUAUCAAAAUCGCAGAAGUCGCGAACGAGGAUGUGAGAAGAGAGAACACGAGACAGUUCUUGGCCGACGACGUCUCUUUCCCGGUUGUCCGAAAGACGCUCAGACACGACUCCAAGUCUCAAAAGACUACGUUCAAAUACCAACGCCCGAACUUUGCCAUCCUCUAA